AACACACGCCACGCGCGCCCUUCCGACACACGCUAUCCUGGUAGGGAUAAGGUUUUGCAAAGGCCAAAAAGAGCAAAGUAGGAGUAGGAGGAGGUUGGGUUUAAGACCGAAGAUCGAAAGAGAGAGUAGUGACAGAGAGGAAAGAAUGUUGACUUCAAUUUCAUUCCUUCAGAGUGCGAGUGCGAGUGCAUUGGCAUCUUCGCAACAGCUAUGGAUGGGGCCUAAGUUACUGACCGCUGCUUCUUCUUCUACCCAAAGGGUAUCUCCUUCUCCUUCUCCAUCUCUUGUUAUUCAAGCUAAAGCCAAAACCAGAAGAGAAGACAGGACCGCUCGCCAUAUUCGCAUUAGAAAGAAGGUUGAAGGGACAACGGAACGGCCAAGGUUGUGUGUCUUCCGCUCCAACAAGCAUCUUUACGUCCAGGUGAUUGAUGACACCAAGAUGCACACGCUUGCUUCGGCUUCAACAAUGCAGAAACCCAUCUCUGAGGAGUUCGACUAUAGCGCUGGACCCACUAUUGAUGUGGCAAAGAAGGUGGGUGAAGUCAUUGCAAAGUCCUGUUUGGAGAAAGGAAUCACAAAAGUGGCCUUUGACCGAGGUGGAUACCCAUACCAUGGACGUGUCGAAGCCCUUGCUAAUGCAGCUCGGGAAAAUGGGCUUCAGUUCUGAGAUUUCAGUAGUAGUCCUUUCUUUGAAAAUAUUUUCUUUCUCUUGUGGAAUCUUGUAAUGGAAGAAUGCAUCAGCCUGUGUAUGCGAUUUGUUUUUCUUGGAAAGGCUUUUGUUUAUAUUUCUGCGCAUGACUAAGUUGGCAGCUGACUCUAGACAAGCCCAUAUUUUUGGAAUGAUGGCUUUGAAAGCAAAUGCUGAAGUUGUGUGUUUGCAUGA